AUUCGAAGCUGAGGCGCGCGUGUUUUCUGCGGCUAUAACAAUCCCCUUAUUGCAUCAAGACUUGUUGCUUAUAAACAAUAUUCAGUGCUUAUUCAAACUAUACGUGUGUUGUGCUGAAGCUGUUCAUUUGUUUGUGCGUUUUAAGGCUAUUUACGCUCCAGUCACAUAAAGUUUACAUUAUACAGCUGCGCAAUAUAUUUCAAGCCAUGAGGGACGAACGAGCAAGUCCUUCGCGUGUUCGCAUCGCUGUCAUAGGAAGCUCGAGAGUUGGCAAAUCAGCUCUCAUCGUGAGGUAUCUCACUCGGAGAUAUAUCGGGGAAUAUCACUCAAACACAGAUUUACUCUAUAGGCAGACUGUGCCCAUAAAUGGAACACCAAUAGAAUUAGAAGUGAUCGAUGUUUCCGGAUCCAAUCCUGACAAGAUUCCCACAGAACAGAUUCAAUGGGCCGAUGCAUGUCUGCUGGUAUAUUCAGUCACAGAUAGAAGUAGCUUUGAAUAUGCGACUGAAGUACUGAAUCUAUUGAAGAAACCUACACACCACGGCAGUCCUGCACACGGCCCUGGCACUACAACAUCUGGCAUGCCUCUAGCUCUUUUAGGAAACAAAACGGAUUUGGAUCACCUAAGACAGGUGCCAACAAAAGAAGGGCAAGCGGUGAGCGCUGCAGCUGGAGCAUCGUUCAGCGAAGCGAGCGUGGCCGACAAUUCCGGUGACCUCUACCGAUGUAUGGACAGACUGCUCUCUGAAGUACGCACUCCACAGCGCACUCGAAAAUUCUCCGUCACUAAGAUGCUCGGCUCAUUAAUAGGCGGCGCAACGAAUAACAACCAAGCCACCCGCGGCUCGGUGGUGGCCUGCCCGCGCGUGCCCACGCCGUCGCGGCCACCGCUUGCCGCCGCCGCGCCCUGACCAACACCGCAGCCGGCGCGACUGAGCUGAGUGCCCUCCGGCAGCUUGCCUGCCACGAGCCAGCCAGACGAUCCAAAGAAAUAAUCACCCGACGGCUACAUCUGGUACCUGAGCUUGCAUUCACGACGGAUAUUGAUAUUUCCUUGAGGCGUGUGAAGACAGUUGACAAACAAGCGGUACCAGAUUGUCAAUAGAUUUUAAAAUAUAAUUCCCAGACUUUAUAGGCGUAAGCCUUGCCGCCUAGCUAUAAUUUCGAUGAUAAGCGACUUAAAGUGAGUAUAAAGUGUUGGUGCAUUUUUUAAGCUUUAAUGCUGCUUGAAAUACUGCACAUUGUGCUUUUUAGUUGUUGUAAAUAUCGUUUGAAUGUAUAGAGUAUGACAAUAAUUUUAAUAGUUUGAGUCAUCACGAAUAAAGUUACCUGAUUGAAAUUAUGUAUAAUAUGUGCCAAAGGUUAUAAAAUAUCACCAGUGGAUAAUUUCUCAAAUUAUGCGUAUUACUAUAUCUAUGUGAACAUUACUAUCUUGGUGUUGAUAAAGCUUAAUCGUACUUAGUAUUAUUAUAAUUCAAUUAAUAAUCGCUUGGUGUUUACAACGCAUUAAGGAUACACUCACAUUUACUAUGUAAAACAAAUUAAUGACCAAUCUUUAUAUGUAUUAUGUAUUUUACGUUACCUAUUAUACAAAAAAUACAGAUACAGAUAUAAAUGUUAUAGUUAUUAGUUAGUUAAAUUUAGAUAGUAUACCUAUUUGUGAAGGAAGAUUAUCGAUCAAUGGCCUACAAUGUAUGUAUGUAUGAUUAUAACAUUCUGAUAUUAGAUGGCCUUUAUCGUUUAGGAGGCAAUAUAUAAAUUCAUAAUUUUUUAUUGAGAUAAUGUUAGAUAUACUCGUGGACCCUUAGCAAAAGAGAUUGUUAAAACAAAUUAAACUUUACGAUAAAAUAAUACCUAUACCAAUAUAAAAACUUUAAAACGUUUAUAAAUUUUUAUUUGUUUUCUUCUUAUUUUUACGAAACAUUAAUUUAGUUUCUCUGACCAAUAAAUUAUUUAGUUGGUGAUUUGUCAAAUAUUUCUAAAACAAAGUUAUAUCCAAUUAAAUACGUAUUGGCUAGGUCCAUUGUACACGUAAAAAUGUCAAAGUUAUAUAAUUGUUACAUAAAUAUUCAAUGUUCGUAGAGAUGUUACGCAAGUUUAAAUCAUGUAAUAAAAAGAAAUAAACAAUUAAUAUAAUAGAAAAUGAUACAUGUUAUUAUGAAUGGAAUAUCUAAAUGUUUAACUAUUAUGUGUUACAUAAAUUAUAUAGUCAUUGUCUAGUCAUUAGGUAUAGGCUGUGAAAAGACAUUUGGAUGUAAAUGGAAGCAGAUGAAUGAAAAAAAAUGUAUGAAAAACUUUGUGAUGACGUCACAGAUUGAAGUAAAUUGAGAAUUUGAGAAGGAAGUAACAAGUUUUUUUUUUAUAAAAACAUAUUAUUUCUAGCUUCCAAUCCAAAUAUCUAACCAAAUAUAUUUUUAUUGUAAUUCAUACACGUUGAUAUUGGAACCAAAGAUAUUGUAAAAUGUAAAGUAUGGAAUUGUCUAAAUGUAAGUAUGUAAAGUACAGAAGUAAGUGUAAGUACAGAAAUGAAGAAAAGGAACUGAUUGAGUUAAGAUGUAAAUAAUUUUUUAACUAUUGAUAAGGAAUAAGGUUUAAUAAACGAAUUGUGCAAGA